CAUCGUUGUGUCUCCUUCAUUCUGGUGUGACCCACGCAAUGCUGUUGCUCCACAAGGGGGGGCUGCUGGAUAUAUGCUUUAGUGCCCGACUGCCUGCCUUCAAACACUGAAUCCAGUUUGUGUGGACAGAGCGGGCGAGCAGAGCAAGACUCCCACUGCCGAGAGAACACCCGAUCUGGUCUUCACUCACCGCACACCUCCCUGGAGCAUCGCACACCACUUCUGGACUUCUUAUCCGGAAAACGGGAUAACAAUUUUUCCCACUUGCGGGCUGGAUUAAAUAAUAAAGAUUUGGGAGACAGAGUUACAUUAUCAGAAGUGACAGAACAGAAACACACAUUAACUGGAUCCGCUGUGAAUUUAUGGAUGCUUGUUGCUUUCUUUCGGUCUUCUUCCACUGGAGCAAACAGACCUCCUUUUGUGUCUUUCUUCAAGCCUGUUGAAAGAAUGAAUACACCGAACUUAUUCUGAACAAGUUGGAGGAAUAGUCGAAGGCUUUUUUAUGUGCAGACAAACAGAUGGAGCAUGCCAACUUUUUGGAGAUCUCUCUGAGGGCGUUUGGCAUCAUGGACAGCAAACUGGAUCAAUGAGCCAAGGUUCCGUCUCAUCCUGAGCUGACGGUUCUGCAAACAUAAGAGAAUAUCGGCGAGUCAACAAAACGAGGCUGUCGAUCCUAAAUUUACAAGAAACCUCGCAAAAAUAAGGCUUUGCUAUCUUCAGCCUCACUCUUUUCUGCUGUUAACAGCCAUGAUAUCAAAAUUUUUAGGUAACUGUUCAUCGCUGAUCCUGCUGUUCCCUCUUCUUCAACUGCUGCGGAUGGACAUGCUCAACGCUGCCCCCUCUGGUCCGGAGACUGACAGCUGCUCCACAUUAGUCCAGAGCCGCUUCUUUGGAUUCUUCCUCUCGUCUUCUGCAUUUCCCAGCAUGCCCUGCACCUGGACCCUACAGAACCCUGAUCCACGGCGCUACACCAUCUUCAUCAAAGUCACAAAACCAACUAGAGACUGCAUUGCCCGGCAGCACCGGACCUUCCAGUUUGACUCCUUCUUAGAGACGACUCGGACCUUUCUCGGAAUGGAGAGCUUUGAUGAAGUGGUGAAGCUGUGCGAUGCCUCUACCCAUGUUGCCUUCUUGGAAGCUGGGAAACAAUUCCUGCAGAUCCGGAAAGGGCUGCCUAGAGCAGGCGCUGGGUCUAGAAAUGGGGAUGGGGAAUUUAAAGUGGAGUAUCUUGUGGUUGGGAAGCGUAACCCCAGCAUGGCUGCGUGUCAAAUGCUUUGCCAGUGGUUGGAGGACUGCCUGACCUACAGUUCUUCCACCCGACCCUGUGGCAUCAUGCAGACCCCAUGCCAAUGCUGGGACCAGCCUCCACUAGACAAAGAAUCCAAUGGAUGCUAUCGAGAUGGGGUCUUUCUGGAAAACUGCAUCCCUGUUGUGAAAGAAGGAGCGUCUGAAACUGACAAUAGCGGUGGCUGGAGUGGGUGGGGCAACUGGGCGGAGUGUAGCAGUGAAUGCGGGGGUGGAGUCCAGAAGCGAACGCGCAACUGUCAAUCACCUCCUGAUGAAGCCUACCUGUGCGAAGGUGUUCUGGAAGAAGGUCGUCCAUGCAAUGCUCAGCCCUGCAUCGGCUACAGGCAGUAUUCCUCAAAAGGCCAGGGUUUAAGUCCAGUGAAAUACAAAGGAAUGCAAGAGGCCAUGCUUGGCAAAGGCCGGCUUGGCUCUCGUAGCCAAUCCCUGCGCUCGGUGGACAGCCGUAAACGAGAGGACUCUGAUAAGACCCGCAGCGGACAGCAGUCUUCCCAAACAGUGGAUUCUCCGUCGGGUGAGGAGUGGUCUGCGUGGAGCGUGUGUUCGGCCACGUGUGGUGAGGGCUGGCAGAGCCGCACACGCUUCUGCGUCUCCGUGUCGUACAGCACGCAGUGCAGCGGGCCACUGCGCGAACAGAGACCCUGCAAUAACACUGCUGUGUGUCCAGCCGCUCUGAUUACAGAACAUGGGGCGUGGGGCGAGUGGACACCAUGGAGCUUGUGUUCAUCAACAUGCGGCCGUGGCUACAGGGAACGCAACCGCUCCUGCAAGCCACCCCAGUUCGGAGGAAACCCCUGUGAUGGUCCAGAGAAACAGACUAAAUUCUGCAACAUCGCUGUAUGCCCAGUGGAUGGCGUGUGGAACGAGUGGUCUGGUUGGAGUUCCUGUUCUUCAACUUGUUCGAAUGGAACAAUGCAGCGAAUUCGGGAGUGUAACGGGCCCUCGUAUGGGGGCUUAGAGUGUCAAGGCGAGUGGCACGAGACACGGGAUUGCUUCCUUAGAGAAUGUCCUGUGGAUGGCCAAUGGCAACUUUGGAGCACUUGGUCUGGUUGCACCAAAACCUGUGGUGGAGGAAGUCAGCAGAGACAGAGGCUGUGUUAUGGUCCCUUUUUUGGGGGAGAGGCAUGCCCGGGGGACCGAGAAGAAGUUAGACGUUGCAAUGAGAAGCGAUGCCCAGAGCCACAUGAAAUCUGUGAUGAGGAGAAUUUCUCUAAUGUAGUGUGGAAGAAAACACCUGCAGGGGACACAGCGGCUGUCCGCUGCCCACCAAAUGCUGUAGGAUUAAUUCUACGGCGAUGUUCAUUAGACAAUGAGGGUAUAGCAUACUGGGAGAACCCAACAUAUAUGAAGUGCGUCUCAAAUGAUUACAGAAGUAUCCAAACACUGACCAGAGAUCACCUGUCCAAGGCGCAGCGAGGGCUUGUGGGGGAUGGUGUUUCUGAAGUGAUGACAAAGCUGAGGGUGACGUCAAGUGAUGGAACGAGCUACAGCGGAGAUCUUUUGGCUAUCAUAGAUGUGCUAAAAAACAUGACAGAGAUAUUUAGGAGAUCCUACUACAGCCCCAGUAAUGCAGACAUGAGGAAUUUUGUGCAGUCUGUGAGUAACUUACUGAUGGAGGAAAACAGGGACAGGUGGGAGGAAGCACAACUGCUGGGACCCAAUGUUAAGGAGCUUUUUCGUCUAGUAGAGGACUUUGUGGACGUCAUCAGCCUUCGCAUGAAGGACUUCCAGGAUACUUAUGAGGUCACGGAUAAUCUAGUGUUGAGCAUUCACAAGCGGCCCGUGGCUGGAAAUGCAGAUAUCACUUUCCCUAUGAAGGGCUGGAGGGGGAUGGUGGACUGGGCUCGCAGCUCUGAGGACAAAGUCAGAGUGGCCAAAAACAUCCUGCUCACUGGAAAACCGGAAGAAGAUGACGCUUCAGCUUUUGUGACUGGGAUCGUCCUGUACAGAAACUUAGGCAGUAUUCUCUCUCUGCAGAGAAAUAGCACAGUGCUGAACUCCAAGGUGAUCUCUGUGACAAUCAAGCCCACUCCCAGCUCUCUCUCGAGUCCACUAGAGAUUGAGUUCUCACACCUUUACAAUGGAACCACAAACCAAACCUGCAUUUCCUGGGAUGAGAACGACAGCUCGUCGUUGCUGGGCUCCUGGUCUGCGCGAGGCUGUAGAGCCGUGCCCGUCGACUCCAGCACAACCAAAUGCUUGUGUGACAGACUCUCCACCUUCGCCAUUUUAGCACGCCUCAAUCCCGAUGUGAACAUGGAUAAGACCCAGCUUCCAUCUGUGACUCUGAUCGUGGGCUGCGGGGUCUCGUCCCUCACCCUGCUCCUCCUCAUCAUCAUCUAUGUUUCUGUUUGGAGGUACAUCCGCUCAGAGCGCUCUGUCAUCCUCAUCAACUUCUGUCUGUCCAUCAUCUCCUCCAAUGCGCUUAUACUCAUCGGUCAAACUCAGACACGGAACAAGGUUGUUUGUACUCUCGUGGCUGCGUUUCUGCACUUUUUCUUCCUGUCCUCUUUCUGUUGGGUUCUAACGGAGGCAUGGCAGUCGUACAUGGCUGUGACCGGCCGCCUUAGAAACCGUAUCAUACGCAAGCGUUUCCUUUGCCUUGGUUGGGGUUUACCUGCUCUCGUUGUAGCAAUUUCUGUUGGAUUCACCAAGGCAAAGGGAUAUGGCACUGUUAACUAUUGCUGGCUGUCUCUGGAAGGAGGGCUGUUGUACGCAUUUGUGGGACCAGCUGCUGCUGUCGUCCUGGUUAACAUGGUUAUCGGGAUUCUGGUUUUUAACAAACUGGUGUCCAAAGAUGGCAUUACUGAUAUGAAACUCAAGGAGAGGGCCGGUCAGAUGACAGUGCCACUGUACAAUAUGACGCUCAAAUGUGCCAAGUGCGGAGUUAUCUCGUCGCCUGACGUUUCCACCACAGCUACCAGUAACGCCAUGGCGUCGCUGUGGAGCUCCUGCGUUGUUCUGCCGUUGCUGGCGCUCACUUGGAUGUCGGCAGUCUUGGCUAUUACUGACCGCCGUUCAGCCUUGUUUCAAAUCCUUUUUGCCGUCUUUGACUCCCUCGAGGGCUUUGUUAUCGUGAUGGUGCAUUGCAUCCUACGCAGAGAGGUUCAAGAAGCAGUAAAGUGUCGUGUUGUUGACCGUCAAGAAGAUGGAAACGGUGACUCUGGUGGAUCCUUCCAGAACGGUCAUGCUCAGCUGAUGACUGACUUUGAAAAGGAUGUGGACAUAGCUUGUCGAUCAGGCACCCUGAAGCGUCCCUCCCAGCAAGGCGAGGAGAAGGUUCCAUCCCAGCAGAUCACAGUACAGAAAGGCUCCAACUUCAACACCCUUCCUGCCAGCAUGGCAAAGGUCCACCUGCAAAACGUAGCCAACUACGCCAGUCACACUCUCACCAUGCGCCGCGACAAAGGCGCCAUCGCCGGGGUCAGCACGGAGUUACCCGGGGCCAAAUCUAUUUACAUCUGUGACGGCGAGCUCUUCAAACAGCUUGACGGAGCACCGGGAGACAUUCCUGAAGGAGGUGGUGGAGGUGCAGGUCAGGGUUAUGUGCUUUUGCCCAACAACAACAACACCCUUAGGCCUACGAAGGGUGGCAAGGAAGACCCGGCCGCCAAAUAUAACAUCAGUAUCGAACAGUUACCCCAGACAAGGCUGAUCCACCUGGCCAAUCCUGUUGGCACCGAUCCCGUGGCAGGCUUCGGGCUGAAGAGCUUGCCCACCGACCGAGUCAGCGUUUCAUGCUCGGAGAGGGAGUCCCCGGUGCAGACGGUGCAGAAUAUCUCCAGCGAGUCCCAGAUGACAAAUACGUGUGAGCAAGGGGAUUCUGGGAACUCUGGGAUGUCUAAGAGCGAGACUGUCUCCACACUGUCCAUGAGCUCUCUGGAGAGACGAAAAUCACGCUAUGCAGAGCUGGACUUUGAGAAGAUCAUGCACACACGGAAGCGUCAUCAGGACAUGUUUCAGGACCUGAAUCGCAAACUGCAGCACGCAGAGAAGGACAGAGACUCUCCUCCAGUCGACUGCAAGCCUGGAAAGAGAUGGAGCAUUUCGUCAGGAGGAAGCGACAAAACCAACCUUAGUGACAAGCAGCAGACCCCCAGUAAGCGGGCAUGGGAGGGCAUCAGGAAGACUCACUCUCCUCCAUCAUGGGUGCGCAAGGAGCUGGAGCCGCUGCAGGCCUCACCGCUGGAGAUGCAGGCAGUGGAGUGGGAGAAGGCCAGUGCCACCAUCCCUCUAGUGGGCCAGGAGAUCAUGGACCUGCAGACGGAGGUCUGAAAGACCCCAGAGCAUUCAGACCAACAGAACAAACUCAACCCACAGGGAAAAAGAGAAGGAAUCAUAUUUGAGAAAAAGUAUGCAAGACGCUGAUAAAAAAAGAGAGAGAAAGCAACAUGGCUGUGCAAUUUUUUGAUUUGUGUUCAUUUCUGUUUUUUUUUUUUUUUGUUUUUUUUUUUCGUAAUCCUGGAAUGGCCUUUUCCUUAAUGUCAAAGCGAAUCAUAACACUUUCGAAAAAUCCAGGUCUGAGCCUGUUGCAAGGCUAAUGAGCUGGCGCUAGCAGGAACUGGGCAAGUUGAACGGUGACCCGCGAUGAGCCUUAGUGAGUGGCCUUCAAUUUCUUACACCUCUGGACACACACAAACACACACUUAUUAGUGAUCAUCAAGAGUGUUGCGGAAGAAAAAAAAAACACCGACAACAGCAAGCUUUCAAACUGCCCGGCAGUAAUCAGUCAUCAUUCAAAAAUCGAAUUUUUGAAUAUUAUUAGUAUUAUUAUCAUCGUUGUUGAUCAGUGUGACAUGUACGCUUGGGCGAAAGAGGAGACAUUAUCGCCCCGAGCCAUUUGCAUAUGACUGUUAAUCUGUGUCCAAUGCCCUUCUGAGCCAGUACAGCCCUCAACUGUGCUGUCCCGAGCACCGCACGACCUGCACAUCCUUCAAGACUCAGUCAGUGUCCAAUGCCAUCAGCGGGACUUUCCUGGAUGGAGGCCGGUCAAAUUGGUGGGGUCAACAGAACCAACACGCUUUCAUCCGCUUGAUGUUUUCAUCAGAAUCACUGGAGCUGAGAGACCUGAAACAAACUGCUGUGUCUCAGAAUAUGUUCAGAAAGAGAAACGGAGAUGAAUAUGAAUAUAUAAAUAUAUAUAUAUAUAUAUUACAAAUAGUCUUAUAUCUGAAAGCGCAGAGGGGUGUUAUUCUCUGGUUAGAUUGUGGUCGCACACACAUUCAGAGAAAGCACAAGACUCACUCCUCAGAGUCCUGUUGUACAGCAUUGUAAUUAUUUCCAGAAGAGUUCUACAAAAUGAAUUUUAGCCUAUAAAUAUCUUUCUUACUGUGCUUGGGGAAUAUUGUUACCAUUAUUAUAGAUAUCAUUGAGAUUCUGAAGUCCUCCCGCUCCCCACCCCCCUUUCCCAAACCUCAUCGGGUUACUGGACUAUCUCUGUGUUCUGUAACAUCAUGUAACGGUGUGUGUUUCGGUUUCACUGACUGUCACUCCAGAUGAUACGUUCUUGCCUGAAUUUUCCACCAUCAGAGCCCUGCCCUCCUCCUUCUCCUCUUCCCGACUUCCCACACUCCCUUUUUUAAGUUCACUGGGGUUUCUUUGUUAUUGUACAGUUUUCAGAGCACAAAAUGAAUGUGUCAUAUUUCUAAUAAAAAAGUAUAUCUAUAUAAUAAAGGGAAAAGAUGCCUGA